AUCAAUGUAAAUACGAGUCAUAGAAGCCCCUGCACCGGAUGCAAGCGUGCGUGACAGUUAUAAAUUAAAAUCAAGUGAAGAAAGGCAUUAUAUGCGACUAGUUAGAUAAUUGCAGCAGCAACAAAAACCGAAAACAACGAAGAACCGUAGCUCGUCAUGUUCUUUCAGCGCUUUUUCGAGCGAAAUAAUAGUUCGGAUAAUAAAACGCGGCCGGCUAAUGGCAACGGCGACGCCAAUGAGAAUGUCAUUUAUCACAUGAGCGGCACGAACAAUGUCAUUGGCGAGGACAAGGAUAACAACAACAAUCAACAGUCAAGCACCAGCACGGACUCGCCGCACAUCAGUAUCUGCCCAAAUAAAAUGCAGCGUCGCCACGAGCAAACUGUGACUGCUGUCCAGCUAACCCCACUGUGGGAGCAUGUUUUACGUACGCGUCGAUUGCCGGAAACAAUUUGCCCGGCCACCAUGUUUGCCGAAUUCCACGAGCGGUUGCAGGAUCCCGAAUGGCAAGUGCGCCAACAUGCAUUACGCGUUCUCGUCGACGUUUUGGUCAUAAUGGGGGCAAAAGCUGACAAGCAUAGUAUGCAUUUUUUAAUUGAUUUAAUCAAAAAUCUCGGACACCAGGCACCCACGGUACGAAAAGGUGCACUCGACUGCUUGCGGGUCUAUCUCUCGGAGACAGGCGUACCGGAAAUGGUUAUGCUACAGAUUUUGGACACUGGACUAACUCAGCAGCCAACCUAUGAAGAACGUCUCAGCUGUGGCGUUUUGCUAUCACUUCCGCCAUUACUACAAUCGAUUUUGCACACGCCACAAAGUCAUUUUAUAGUGAAGCACACCAUUGAGCGACUAGUGCAGCGCCUGCAGCUGCAACAAACCCAACAGGAGAUUACGCUGAAGGUGUUGGCCAAAAUAAGUGAACUGUUGGGGGUGCAAGAGUUUGAGAGUUAUUUAGACGAAAUGGACGGCCUGGAUGCAUUGUCGCUCUAUAACCAACUAUGUAAAGUAUAUGGAAUAUCGAACAAGCCUCUUCGUACUGAUGGCUCCAUGACCAGUGUCAAUGCUGGCGCUUGGAGGGCCUUGCCUCGAGAGCACAUUUGGCGUAGCAGCAGUAUUUCACAUGAGCCAAAGGCAACUCUACUGCCAGAGAAGGGAAAGAUUAUAAUGGAAACGGAAAUACAAAUCAACGAUGAUACGCUCACCAUGCGAAUUCUCGAAGCGGAAACCGAGACCGAGGAGACGGAUAGUCCCAUUAUAGAUGCAACGGAACUUGUAUGUCGUCCAUUUGCUGCUCCCCAGUCUCCACGAGAAACGGACGCGGGCAUACUCCAGAUAAUAAGCGAUUCAGAAAUGGAGGAAAUGACGCAGAAUGAAACUGGUCUCGGCACGCCGUUUCGCAGUUUGAAACGUGUUACUUUUGGUGGAGAAGUGGUCAAAAUGCGCACACCCGACAGUGAUGCGACUUCCUCUACAAACCACAUCGAAAGUACGGUGCCAGGUUACGGCAGACUCAACAUUAGCUCAUUGCCGCCUAAUGAGACAGCAACUUCAGCAUCACUGUUAGAGGGACAACACGCAGACAAUAAUUCAACUCCGGCAGGCAGCAACAAAAUGACGGCUUUGACCUUAGAGAUUCCGAUUGAUAAUACUAAGCCUUUGCCCCGUGCUCGUAGUGCUCAGUCGCCACAGCAAAGUAGGGAACAGGCAAGGUCGACCAAUAACAAAACUAGCUCCUAUACAUCGCCAAAGCGGGACGUCUCAUACUCUCCUGUCUACCGCAGCAGUAGCAUCAGUCCUGCUGGUAGUAACACAGCCAGUCCUAAAGUACCACACAAAGAAAUCGAAGUUCUGCAUAAUCUUCAACGUGAUCCGGAUCCCUCGCCGCGCUCUUUACGGGCAAGUGAUAGCAUCACAACUGACCCAGUUAUUUCUUCUACUUUGCCAGCGAAAGCACCAGCUACGCCAAACAGCUGGGAAGACCUGGACAUUGUCAACCACAAAACUAUAAUGGACUUGCGGUCAGGAGACUGGCGCAAUCGUUUACAGGGCAUAGCCCAGCUUGAAAUAGCACUAAGCUCAUCAUCCAACUUGGUGCUGGUGCAGCCCUAUUUGGAUAGUCUGCUGCGCACAUUACUUUCUUCGGAGCGAAAUUUCGAGGUAGCUGAGCUUAAGCGCGAGGUCUUGGUAAAUCUGAUUUCACGCCUGCCGUUGGACAACUUGGAGGAGCGUACGCCACAGAUACUGUCGGGACUGUGUCGCCAGGGAAACGCAGGUGCAAACCGUGUAUGCAAGGCACUUAUGCAGCGCCUGCCUGCUGGGACAAUUGUCGCCAAAUUAACGGCGCCCGAGUAUCUACAUGCAAAGAGCUCAAAGUUUCGUGAUCACGCUUUACAAAUGUCCAUCUACUCCUUGAUGUCAUUUCCCGGCACCUGUUUCGACAUCAACAUUCUGGCAGCACAAGUCACCUAUGCUGCACUUAAUAGAAAGCGUCGGGUACGUCAGGCGGCAUUGGAGGUAUUUGCUGUGCUUGCUGAUAUUUCUUCGGUGGACCAGAUUUUACAAAUUGUUGCUGAGAUAACAGAUGAUAUCGAAUCAGGACCUGCUCUGCUCAAGGCUGUGCAAACGCGUCUGUCCCGCCUCCAAUUGCCCCUUAUUACCCCUGAUGGAUCCGUCUUAUAUACAUUUCAUAAAGCAGACCAGGCUGGUAUCUCACGAUUUGGCGCAGAUAUGGAUUGGAUAACGCAAGGAGAAGGCUCUGCCUCCCCAAAUGCUGUUAAAAGACGACGUCUGCAUUUGGCAAACAAAAAACGUAUGCUUCAAGAAAACGCAGACGAGGAAGUCACCGGAAUGAACCAUAGCUGUAACGCAGAUGAGAACUUGCAUCGACACUCAUUCCAUUCACCACCCGAAGCCUUGGACAUGUCUAGAGCCUCUAAUGACUUUUUUCAAAGAAAAAUCUAUGGCACUAGUGGUAAGAAUGUAAACUGCUUGGAGCGUCGUGUAGUAACCAAAGCAUGCUCUGAAUCUUCAGUGGACGGAAGAAGCACGGACAGUACGACAACAUCCUGCAGUAGUGGUAGUGGGAGUGGAAGUAGUAGUUUUAUACAGCUGACAACCUGCAGGCGUUUAACACGACAAAAUUCCCGGUUUCCGGCUGUGAGGCGGCAAACGGAUUUCAUUAGCAAUUUUAUGCGCAAUAUACAGCGAACUCCAUAUCCAUAUAGUUUCGAAGAUUCGAAGAACCCAAAAGCAAAUGAUGAUCUACAAAAAACUCAAAGGCAUGUACAGCAUGUACUUAAGAAGCCAACCAGUUCGCAGCACACUUUUGCACAGCAAAACUGGACGGAUAAUUGCAGUCAAUCUCAAGCAAAUUCGAAACUAAAGGAAACUAAAAAACAGGAUAUCAAUAACCAAUCAGAAACAUCGGUGAAUAAAGAUGCCGAAAACUUUGGCAAAUUCAACAAACGAAAUCAGUUUAGUAAAAUGCAAAAUGCCUUUUACUGUAGCGGUCAACCCGCUAUUCUACUGGGGUUAUUUCGCACCACAUUUCACACAGUUAAGGAAUAUAUACGGGAAAAGGCGAUUGCGGCGCAACAGCGGCUGAUACCUUAUGAUCGCUGCCUUUGUCUGUGUUGUUGUUGUUCUCACGCCAAGCGUAGAAAAUCGAUGAAAAUUGAUAAAAGUCCUACAAAUGUGGCUGAUAAAGUGACGUGGCAAGUUGAUAAAACUUUAGUGAAUGAGGUUUUUUCACAAACUGAGCUUGUUAAGGUCGAACCAGCAAAUGAACUUACAACGUCCACCGCAGUGCAGUCAUUCGCAGUAACAUCUGGGCCGCAUCAAUCAGAAGGCUCUCCUCUGUCCUUAAGGUCAACAAGCUAUUCGCAAAAGUCAACUGCCUCGGCUAAAUCAACCGAAGUGGACAAACAGAAUGUGGACCACUCUAUAGCCCGGGAAGAGAUGGAGCAACAAUUUGGGGAGCUCGUAGUGGACGACAUAGAAGAGGAGACGGAGUCACCCUUUCAGGAGCCCGCAUUGAAACGCAACGAAAGCGUGAACAGCCUGCAGAGCAAAACAGAAAGCAUUAGGACACAGCUUGAAGAUGCCACACCACAAAUGUCACGUGCCCAGUCAAUUAAAUCCUUGGCCAUUGAAGAGGAGAUUGAAAGCAGCAAUAGCUUUGUAGUAGUUGAGGAGCUCCAGAACGAGCUCCAAUCAACAGCCGCAGAGUCGCCGCCCAUAAAACAACUGACAGAAUUAUCAACAGACAAUGAAACAUUUCUCGCAUCUUUAUCGCGAGCCUCAUCCAGCAAAAAGGCUGAUAUCACACAUGACGAAAGAGCCAUACACUCACGUAGCAUCUCGUUGGACUCGCUCUAUGGCCGAAGACCCGCUUCUAAGCAAGGUUCCCUGGACAUUAGUAGCACCACAACCGAUAACAGCUCUCAUACCGUUUCCCAUCCUGACAACAGCAGAUUGCCUCCAAAGUUACAGCACACACCGCUAAAACAAAAGUCGAAGACUUCAUAUCUUCUGCGUGGUCAGCGUCGCGUCUCACCUGUGAAGCAGGCCAUCAAGAUGUCGCAGACGGAAUUAUUUCCGCCGCAUAUGUCACGUUUUGAGAAGCCACGAGAAGCCUUAAUAAAGACGUUUGAUCAGCUGGACUCUAAUAACUGGGAAGUGAACAUAACAGGUCUGAAAUAUAUGGUGCGUCUGCUUCGCCACCAUGCAGAUUUCUUGGACAGCCACAUGCACAUGACAUGCAUCCAACUUACUCGCUCUGUACGCAAUUUACGCUCACAGGUAGCUCGUGCAGCCUGUCAGGCCGCAACAGAGUUAUUUACCCUAAAAUGCAAAUCAUUGGAGAUUGAGUGCGAUGACCUGGUCUGUGCGUUGUUGCACCGCACAGCAGACACAAAUCGUUUCCUGCGUGCCGAUGCCACCGGAGCCUUGGAGUCUUUGGUGGAUAACUUGCAACCUGCGAAAGUACUCAACAUCUUGACAAACAAAGGUGCUCAGCACCAGAAUGCCAUAGUUCGGACGACGACUGCGAAGCUGCUGUUUAGACUAGUCGAGCGCUUAGGCUGCGAUCGCAUUUACUCAAUGGGUCGUGAAAGUCGUGACAAAUUCUUUAUGGUUGGUGCAAAUCUUCUGCUUGAAGGCAGCCUCGAAACACGCAGCUAUGCCAAGUCAAUGUUCCGUGCUUUGUCAGAGCACGGAAGCUAUCAGCGAUUACUGUUAGAGGUAAUACCACCGCGAACAUAUCGAAAUGUGGAAAAGACAUUGAGAAGCAUUACCCGUUAAUCUUUUAAUUUAUACGGAUAUAUGUAUAUAAAGAUUACCUUAUUUUAAAGAACUUUAGAUGUACAGUGAAAGCACAAGCCCGUAAUCGUAAUCAUGAAAUAUGGUCAAUGUUUUGAACGCAAUAGAUCAUAGAUAAUACAUUUACGCCUUUGUAUAUUCAAGACUAAUAAAAUAAAUUUAAACACGAACUUUAUGCAAUUUAAUGCACACACUACAGUAAUCUUUUUCCGUUGAUAUAUCGCUGAUCAGACCUUCGAUUGCCGCCACUGUUGUUGUGUUGUUG